AUGGCCAACAUUCCGCUUCACUGCAAUAUUUGCCCCAAGAAGCCAACCUUCAGCGAUGUCUCGCAUCUACUCACGCACAUUGCCAGCAAAGGUCACUUAUCCAACUACUACAAGGUCAAGGUCCGGUCCACCAACGAGGAAGCAUCUCGCCGGCUCAUUGAGACGUAUGACCAGUGGUAUGCCGAAUGGGCUGUCGAGGAGCUCAUGUCGGAGCGGAUGAAUCAAAAGGACAAACGCCGCACCCGUGCGAGGCCCACUGGUAUGCCCCUCACCUUCAUCCCGUGGUACUUCAGACUGUUACUAACUCCACGCGAUGCAGCUCGGCCCACGCCUCCACUCAAGAUUGGGGCCCCGGUGCCACGCUCCGUACGCCGCGCCGCCGCAAGCAACCUCCUUGAUCCGCGCCUAUCUGACCAGCAGCAUACCAGGAUCAAGCUGGAGCAGUCACCUUCUCCGACGCCGCAGCCCAAUGGGCCGGUGCUUCGCAAUCGCAAUACCUUUGCACCCUAUAUGCAAUACUGGCCUACAGAGUCGCGCGCCAGCUCCCGUAGCUACACCAACCCAGACUACGAUACGUCUAGUGAAUACUCAGACCCGAGCGAGAGGCGGCGGCCAUACCGAUACACUGCUGCAGCUUCAUGUGCCAUCGAGGACGAGCCUGCCGAGGUGGCAGAUCCAAUGGCUGUCAGUGAAUCAACCAAACUCAAAGGAGUAUACUGGCCUGGCAUGGACAUCUUCGACUCUGCUACCCUAGAGAUGCGGCGUAAGAGGAAUCAGAAGAAGGACAGCUCCGUUGUGGAACAGCUUGAGCUCAACUCUCAAGAAGUCGAGGCUACUGAACUCAUCUUCACCCCAUUGGGCACUUUCAAACGCCAGCGCAGGAUUUCUUGCUCGGAGUCUGACGAAGAGGACGAGAUCGAGAUCAAGGCUGAGAGUCCUCAGCCGGUGCACAGGCGGCCUGCACUUGCCAACCUAGAUGCCAACGCUACUCGCCGCUCCACUAGGCAGUCCAAGCAGCCCGUAUUUCCCUUCCUCAGCCGCAAUCAAUACGAUGAAGACUGCAGCCGCUCUGGCUAUGAAAACAGUCACAAAAACCGUGCUCCGAAGCGGAAACGAUUCGAUGUCUUCCAAGAUGACGAUGAUGUCCCAUUUUCACAGCCCAGCAGCAUGAACUAUCUUACGUCUGGAUUUACACACCAAGCAUCUCCCUCCCCAGCACCUGCAUUCACUUCCUACAAACCCUUCAACGAUCCUUUCCAGUACGAGAACAAGGAGAAUAUUGUACCAUCGUUCCAUCAGACAGGUUACAGUAACUUUCAUGGCCACCAGAGCAAUGGCUAUCAGUACCCCGCCUACUCCUAUGGCAUUGGUCCUGAUCAACAGGCCUUUCAAUACACCAGCCAUCUCUACAACACCACAAGCGCCUACCAGCAGCAGGAUCAAGACGAUGAUGACCAACGCACAAUUACGGCGCCGCCCUCGCCAUCAACGAGCUGA